AUGGAGCACGUGGAGCGCUUUGCUAAAACCCUCACUCUGGGGCGCCGGAUGCAGGACGCCUCACCCUCAGCCGAGCCCUCACGGCGCAGCUACAUAUUGCUGGGCGAGCGCGUGCUGAUCCCGGCCACUCUCAAGAACAGCACGACUGGCUACAAGAACGUGAACUACGAUCGCGGCAAUAAUAAGUUCAAGGCGCAGCGCCUCGCGAUGGACGCCUCCGUCCUCGACCAGUUCCGGCAGGCGGUGCUGCUGUCGUUUGACGCGGACGCACAGCUGCGCAGCCAGGCGAACGCGUCGCUCGAGGCGCUCAAGGGGUCGGAGGAGGUGUGGUCCUUCUGCCUCGCCGCCUUCACCGCCUCUGGCGAGGACCGAGCGUACGUCGCCAGCCUCGCCUCUUCCUCGGACAGCGACACCACGCCGCCGUAUGUCCGAAACAAGUUCUCGCAGCUGUACGUCGCGCUGAUGCGGGCGGAGUACCCCGUGAGGUGGCCGACGCCGUUCGAGGCUCUGCUCGCCUCGCUGCCGCUCGGGGCCUCUGCGGUGGACUUGUUCCUGCGCGUGCUCCAGACUGUGCACGAGGACAUCGUCUCUCCGGAGGUUUCGACUUUCGACGCGCAGGCGGCCUCUCGCGUCAAGGACGCGAUGCGGGAGCAGUGCGUCUCGCGCGUCGUCGAGGCCCUCUACUCGCUGCUCGCGCAGCUGCCGCUCGGCGAGGGGGUUGCGCCGCCCCCGUGGGCCGAGAAGGCGCUCGGCAUCGCGGCGCACUACACCGUCUGGGUGGACAUCGGCUUGCUCGGCCCGCGCCGC